AUGGCUGACGCCCCAAUCGCUCCUGCUGGUGAACAGCGUGGCUUCGGCCGUGGUCGUGGAGGCCGCGGUGGCCGUGGCGGUCGUGGAGGCCGCGGUGGCGCUAACGAGGAAAAGGACUGGGUUCCAUGCACAAAGCUGGGUCGCCUGGUGAAGGAGCAGAAGAUCACCUCCCUUGAGGAGAUCUUUCUCUUCUCGAUGCCCAUCAAGGAGCACCAGAUUGUGGACCAGCUGAUCAAGGAGAGUGAUCUUCGUGAUGAGAUGAUGCUCAUCUUCCCCGUCCAGAAGGCCACAUCGGCUGGUCAGCGCACACGCUUCAAGGCGUUCAACGUGGUCGGUGAUGGCAACGGACACAUUGGUGUCGGCGCUCGUGUCGGCAAGGAGGUGUCACUCGCCAUUCGUGCUUCCAUGAUCGCAGCGAAGCUGAACAUCGUCCCCGUGCGCCGUGGUUACUGGGGUAACAAGAUUGGUGAGCCACACACGAUCCCAAUGAAGGUGACCGGUAAGUGCGGUUCUGUCGCCGUCCGUCUCGUCCCUGCGCCACGUGGUACUGGCAUUGUUGCGGCACCCGUCCCAAAGAAGAUUCUCGAGUUCGCCGGUGUGGAAGACGUGUACACCAGCUCCUGCGGCAAGACCCGCACACGUGGCAACUUCAUCAUGGCAACCUUCUACGCGCUGCGCAAGACGUACGGUUUCUUGACACCCGACCUCUGGGCAGAGACAGAGGUGUCACGUGACCCCACUGAUGAGCACUCAGAGUUUCUCGCCAUGGGUGGCAAGAUGAUCGCCGCGUAA